ACAUAGCUUGCUGAGGAAGACCACGAACAGAUACAUAAGGAAGCAAUCAGAUGGAAUUUUUUAACCCAGCUUUGGAGGACAACAUAACUUUUGUUCGUCCUGCAUAUUUUUACAUAGGAGGUUUUGUUGGCAUCCCAAAUAUUAACUACUAUUUCUUCUUUCUCUUUUUUGUUUAUGUUUUUUCUGUUUUAGGAAAUGCAACUGUUAUGGUUGUCAUCAUUUUUGAUAAUACUCUCAGAGGUCCUAAAUAUGUUGCAGUUUUUAGUCUUGCUCUAACUGACAUUUUAAGCAGCACUGCUUUGGUACCAAAAGUUAUUGACAUCUUUUUGUUUGAUCAUCGUUAUAUUUCCUACAAUGAAUGCUUGACCUUUAUGUUUUUCUGCUUCACACUGCUUUCAAUGCAAUGUCUUAACCUUGUUGCACUGUCUUAUGAUAGACUAAUAGCUAUCAUGUACCCACUGCACUACCAAAUCAAGCUGACCAGAACAUUUAUGAUAAAUUUGAUUAUUAUGUUAUGGCUCAUUGUCAUAAUUCUUGUUUUAAUUGCUGUUGGCCUUAUAACAAGACUUUCAUUCUGCAAGUCUGUUGUUAUUAACAGUUAUUUCUGUGACCAUGGCCCUAUUUACCGGAUUGGCUGCAAUGAUGUGACCCCCAGCCGCGCAGUUUCUGGUUUGUUGCCGAUUCUUCUGCUUUGGAUUCCUCUGGCAUUUAUCUUGGCAACCUAUGGCUGUAUCGGUUAUGCACUAUCAAAAAUUUCCACAGCACAGCAAAGAACAAAGGCAUUUAAAACAUGUUCUGGUCAUCUUUCAUUAGUUGCAAUUUAUUUUCUCCCAAUUACAUUUGUUUAUGGCGCUGGGAGCAAAACACAUCCAAAUGCCAGGAUCAUUAACCUGUCCCUGACUACAGUUAUACCGCCACUAUUAAACCCAAUUAUAUAUGUUUUUUACACACAGGAAAUGAAACAAUCUUUGAAAAAGUUGAUGCACAUAAAAGGCAAGACUAAAAUAAUGGUGAAAAAUUAA